AUGGUAUGGGUCAACUUAGGCCUAGAUCAUUUUGAAGAUAUUAAUGAACCUGAAUUGAGUUUAGAUUGCCAUGAGAGUAAAGUUACCAAGGUAAGUUGUGGUGGUAAUCAUAGUGUUGUGUUGCUUGACGAUGGUAGUGUUUUAGGAUGCGGUGAUAAUAGCAAGGGUCAGCUUGGUUUUGGAGGUGAUAGCCUUGUAAAGAGUUGGCAAAAAGUGUUUGACAAGAAUGGAAUGAUAGUUAAAGAUAUUGUAUGUGGCUGGGAAUUCACCGUUAUCAUAGAUUCAUUCAAUGGUGUUUACAGUUGUGGUGAAGGUUUAAAAGGAGAAUUAGGGCUGGGCCCGGAUAUACGUAGUAGCCAGCAAUUGUCGUUGGUUUAUCAGAUUCCUCAAGGAUACCAGGGUAAACUGUUUGGGUCUCUGAACAACUGUGUUCUAAUGCUAUACAACGAUGAAGAGUGCAAAGUCUAUGGAUGGGGGGCCAAUACCAAGGAACAGUUAUUAGAACCUAAAUCAAGGAAAGUGUCGUCGCCUAGAUUGCUUCUAGAAUUUGACAAUACGAAUGCUCAGGCUCAGGAUAGCACAGUAGCUGAAGUUUCGAUGGGGAAAGAUUUCAUUGUAGUGGUGGACAGCAAGAGAGAAAUCAUAGAUAUGAGAGGUAAGUUGCCUUCUGGGUUUGUCAAAGAGAGAUGGUUGGGCGAAAGAGUAGAGUGUAUUGGUAGUAUGUGGACAUCAAUCCAUCUGAUUCAAAAUGGACGUAUGAUUUCAUUUGGCAAUGACAAGUACAAACAGUUGUCGAGAUCUGGGAGUACAGAGCUGAAGAGGUUCAGUACUGGAAGUGAACAUGGAGUUGGUAUGUUAGAAGAUGGGAAAGUGAUUAGUUGGGGAUGGGGGGAGCAUGGUAAUUGUGGUGAGUUGAAUGGUGGUAAUACGAGUGAAUUCAGUAAGUUGUAUGAACCUCGGGGUGAGACUGAUUUAUAUGGAGGGUAUGCUACGACGUGGAUUGUAGAACAUGAAAAUGAAGAGACAGUUGGUUGA